UCGCCAUAAACAGUCAAGACAUUCGAGGCAUUAGACUAGCCUACAUUAUUUCCCCCCAUAACUUCACACUUUUGUAACGUCGGGGUCAUUGUUUGAGCCAUAAUCUCGAUUUAACUUUUAACUGAUCUGAUUUUGUAGUCAGUUAGUUUGUUUGUUAGAUCACCUGGGAAGUUGCAGACCACUUUGAAGACGAGACCUGAACGCACCCUGAAAAUUGCAAAGAAGACUUGAACCGAAGUGGAAUUUAUAAAAGAAGCAAGAAAAAUAGACUAUAGUCCUACAGACAGUUCUCUGAAACCCCUUUGAAGUCAUGGAUCCAAUGCACUCAGGAAUGCGCUACACUCCGAAGGUUACGGAGCAUGACUGGGACCCAUCGCUGCAGUUCCUACCAGCUUCCGAUUCCAAAAAGCUUGAGAAGAAGAAAAGGCCUGGGAAGGUGGGAGCCGUGAUCGGACUGCUCGUCUUUUUCCUGGUCAUCUCUCUGAUGACUGGGCUGCUGGUCUGGCACUUCCACUUCCGCAAGGACGUGCGUGUGAAGAAAAUGUUCACCGGAUCGAUGAGGAUCACAAAUCAGGUGUUUGAAGAAGCCUACGAGAACCCAAACAGCACAGAGUUUCAAACGUUGGCCAGGCAGGUUGCAUCACAGCUGAAAGAGAUCUACUCCAAGACACCUCAACUGUCUAAAUACUAUGUCGGGUCAACAAUCCAGGCAUUUAGUGAGGGCAGUGUGAUUGCUUACUAUACAUCUGAAUUCAACGUGCCUGCCGGCCAGGAGGCCGCAGUGGACAACACCAUGGCCUCCAUGGAUCGAAUAGUGGACAAGCAGCAAGACCAGCAACGGCGACGACACUCGGACAGAGACAACAGUAACCUAGUCUUUGAGGAUGUCAUGACCUCAGAAUUGGACACACGACUGUUUAAAUCAUCCAGGGCAUACAGGUACACCCAACACACUAGGGCCAAUCACAUUGGGAUCUUGGAGUCACCUGGCUUCCCAAACUACCCAUACCCACCCAACACGCUGGUUCAGUGGCAGCUCCGUGCUGACCGGGGAUAUGUGAUCAAGCUGGAUUUUGACACGUUCAAUUUGGAGGAGAAUUGUAAAAAGGACUUUGUGAAAAUAUACGACUCGCUGGUGGCCAUUGAAAGCCGUGUGAUGGAAGAGAUCUGUGGGUAUUACUCGCCGAGUGAUCAUCUGACCUUCACAUCCUCUGGGAAUGUCAUGCUUGUCACGUUCGUCACGGAUGAGGCCAGGAACUACCCGGGCUUUAGGGCCCAUGUGUCCCAGGUUCCCCGAACCACGCGAGCAUCGCAAUGUGGUGGCAAACUUUCAGGAGCAUCUGGUACAUUUGCAUCACCAAACUACCCAAACUACUACCCCCCUCUCACCAGCUGUGUGUGGAGUAUCCAGGUGCCAUCUGACAAGUACAUUAAGGUGACAUUUGAAAAGUUUCUCAUUUCUGACGCGGGCCAAAGGGGCAACAUGUGCUCAAAGGACUACGUGGAGAUAAAUGGAAAGAAGCUGUGUGGUGAAGUCCCUAGUGUUGAAACUGCCAAGGCCAAUUCCCUGGCCGUGAGCUUCUUCUCUGAUGCAUCUUAUGUGGACCGUGGUUUUACCGCUAAGUUCGAGGCCUUUGAACCAAAGGACCCUUGCCCAAACAAGUUCAUGUGUUCCAACGGUAACUGCAUCAGCGAAAAACUAAAGUGUGAUGGGUGGAAUGACUGUGGUGACAACAGCGAUGAAAGCACAUGCAAAUGUGAGAAGUCUCAGAUCAGCUGUAAGAAUGGACUGUGUAAACCCAAGUUCUGGUUGUGUGACGGCGUCAAUGACUGUGGGGACAACACGGACGAACUGAACUGUGGUCUCUGCGCUAAAGGACAAUUUAUGUGCUCCAAUAACAAGUGUGUGUCCGAUAAGAAAAAGUGCGAUGGGAAAGAUGACUGCGGUGAUGGUUCAGAUGAAGCUAACUGUGAGAGAUCAAAUUCAGUGAAAUGCACGUCUUACACCUACAAGUGUAAGAACAAUAACUGUGUGAACAAAAUGAACCCAGAAUGUGAUGGCGUCGAUGACUGCAGCGAUGGGUCAGAUGAGAAGAACUGCGACUGUGGACAGCAGCCCUUCAAGACCUCGCGAAUUGUGGGUGGACAGGAUGCCUCUUACGGGGAGUUCCCCUGGCAGGUCAGCCUCCACAUCAAGGGUUCCUCUCACGUGUGCGGAGCCUCGAUCAUUAGCGACCGCUGGAUUGUCACUGCAGCUCACUGUGUGCAGGACGAUGCCAAGACCAGGUACUCUCAGCCUGGGACCUGGGAAGUCUACUUGGGCCUUCACGAGCAGAGGGAUAAGAGCAAAGCUGUGAAACGGGGCCUGAAGAAGGUCAUCUCCCAUCCCUCCUAUAAUGCCUACACCUUUGACUUUGACAUUGCACUGAUGGAGCUGGACUCGCCCGUCACCUUCACCGACUACAUCCGCCCCAUCUGCCUCCCUUCUCCUUCAUACGUGUUCCCGACUGGCAAGUCCGUGUGGAUCACAGGUUGGGGGGCCACUAGGGAAGGAGGUUAUGGUCCAAAUGUGCUUCAGAAGGCAGAGGUUCGCAUCAUUAACAGUACGGUGUGUAACAAUUUGAUGGGUGGCCAGCUGACGUCUCGAAUGCUGUGUGCUGGUGUGCUGGCCGGCGGAGUGGACGCUUGUCAGGGGGAUUCUGGGGGCCCGCUGUCCAGCCUGUCACCUGGCCAAUCAUCAAGUCGCAUGUUUCUAGCUGGAGUUGUAAGCUGGGGUGAUGGCUGUGCCCGCAGAAACAAGCCCGGUAUCUACACAACAGUCACCAAGUUCGAAGGCUGGAUCAGAGAGGUGACUGGAGUCUAGUGCAGAAGAAGGGAGAGGUGAGCAUGAAGAGCAAUGGCCUAAGAUGGAAGUAUCUAGGUGCCAUAACUGGGGGCCGUCCAUCUCAAGAGACUCAACAUCGGGCCUGUUUUUAAAGUCAAUGAAAUUUAAAUGUUUUGCCAUGAGCCCUUUUAUCUGAAGGCACAUUACCCACACUUCCAUUGUGCCUAACACUGCUUCAAACCAGAUUUAAGCACAAAGAAACAGUGGUCAUUUAUCACUUGUUUUGAAUAAUGUGGCCAAAGUCCAUACAAAGCUAAUGUGAUAUGCAGGCACAUUUGUAAAUAUUAAUGGAGAGAGACCGAGGUUGUUUUACUAUCAUUUUUAAGUUGUAAAUAAACAUUUUGUUUUCAGUUUUUAUGUGUUCCAUGAAGUAUGUCUUAGUGUCUUGGAGAAUAUUCUGUAAAGUAUGUUAAUUGGUUUGUUGCUUGUUGGUAAGAUUAUGGAGGGAAAUUGUUACAUCUCUAUCAUUUGAAGGUAUCCCUUUUAAAAUGGAAAGCACCUUGCUAACCUAUUGUGUUGUGUUUUAAAACUUUUACAGCAGGGAUUUGUUUUGCUAAUGCAUUUAACAGUUUUGACUGUGAAUUAUUUUUUCAGACAUCAUCUGAUUAAAACUUUUAUUAGAUAGCCUAACACCUUGUAACUUAAUUUCAUCUAAGAUGGUAGAUUUUUUAAUGUGAUCAAAAACCUCAUUUCACUUCUUGUACAUAUUUAUUUUUCUUCCAAGCAUGUGAAUCCAUUUUGUCCAUCUCUAAAACAUCUUGUUCCUAUGAAUGGUGCUUUCUUAGGUUCAUUUAUUUUCCUAAACACUUCUAGUUCCCUUGUAACCGAAUAAAAUUAACUAAGGGUGUGAAUGAACUGGACUUUGAUUUUUGUGUGAAAACACUUGCCCCACUAUAUAUUCGGAUUCACUGUAUUCUUCCACUUCAGUGAUUUGCCUUUCAUUUCUUCAGCAGUGUAUAAAUUGUCAGAUAUUGUACAAUAAAAUUACCUUCAUUCUU